AUGGGCUGGAGAUUGGAAAUUCCGCCCGUCAUCCACAAACGGUUUCCAGCAGAGAUAGCGGUCAGUUUAGGCCACAACGUAACGCUGAACUGCCCUGCUUCAGGGAAUCCCCCUCCUAAGAUCAAAUGGCUCAAGAAUGGCGACUUUCUCCUUCAAGAUCAUUAUGGAAGGAUCAUCAUCACACAAGAUACGCUUGUCAUUCACAAGACGUUGCUGUCGGACAGUGCGGAGUACUCCUGCAUCGCCUCCAACACGGUGGGAUAUGCCAAAGAAGAUGUUAGGGUGAAAGUUUCUGAAAAAGCAAUAAAGAAGGACAUCGGCUGCAAAGACGGGACAAUAGAGGGCCUCUAUCACAUGCAGAGCAUCGCAGCAUGCAGUGGGGCGUGGAAGGGUCACGUCAGGAAGGGGAAAGCCUUGUGCGCCCACGGCUGGCGGGUAUGCAAUCAUGAAGAUGUGGAUUCGCUCAAGCACAUAUCAUGGCUGGAUGCAACGGGAAUGAACGGGUGCUACGCAUACAAUGCAGCCAACAAUGAUGGUGUCUGCACAAGUUGUACGGGUGAACCUGGCCACGACGUCAUGGGAGGGGUCGGCAGGCACUGUUCUAAGAGGCGACAGAGGCAUGACUCCUGCCUGGGGGAGGGGCGUAUCGAUGUCUUCCCCUCCCAUAGGGAGUCCAUCUAUGAGAUGCUGGACAGGUGCUCCUUCCAAGAGGGUCUUCUCUCCGGUGUACUUUGCUGUAGGAUACCCAACAGGCAUGAUAGGAAGAAGGGAGGAGCAGUCGAAGGAGGAGGUGGAGCAACACAAACAAACGCCCUCUGUGAUUCGGAAUGUAUGAACGGUGGCCGCUGCAUAGGAGCAAACAGGUGCUGGUGUCCCGAAGGCUACAAGGGCGCCCUCUGCCACAUCCCUGUCUGCGAUCCAGAGUGUCCUGUAGGUAGCGAUUGUGCGAGACCAGGAGUCUGCGAAUGCCUGCCUGGUAAAGAAGGAAGGAAGUGCAGGAGAGGAGAAAAGUCAAGAGGGAGAGAAGAAGAGGUCUCAAGAAAACCAUCAUUUGGUUGCAAGAGGUUAUGUAGGAAUGGUGGAUUAUGUCACCUAGGAAGAUGCUUCUGUCCUGCUUACACAAGAGGGAAAUACUGCCAAAGAACACUGAAACUAUCGCCUGGCGCUACAUACACAGAUCAUUGGGAACCCAUUUUGCGAAUGAUGAAUGGAUUCUAGAACCUGAUGAACCAUGGACCUGCAGGAACCUAACCACAGGACCUCAAUCUUUGGUGCAGAUCAUAACUGUUAAUAUCUGAAAGUUAUCAUUGCAGAUAGAGCAAUCAGUUCGAAGCUGUCAUAAACCAUGUAGAGACAAUUAACCAGUUGGUUACUGGAAACGGAUGCUCCCCAUACAAACCCUGUGGGAAUUAUGGAAGUUGGCAGUCGACAGGUUAACCAACUGCCCUUGAGGAAGAUUCCAGGGGAUAGUACAGGACUUGGAAAAUGUUGAUCACCAAGGAGAUAUUCCAGUUAAAUUAUUGAAUCCUGCUGAGACAAACUUUGGCCAGUUGAUCAUGCCAAUUGCAUUGACCUGCCUGUAAAUUGAUGUAAAUUAAAAAAGAAUUGUUCCGUGAUAAGAUGUUGUGGACCAAUUCCUGGAUCUGAUUGUGAUGGAGUAAAAUUCAUUCAGGAAUGGAAUAACAUUUUGAGUCAUUUCCAUGGAAAUAGGAGCCAUAUUAUGUGUAAUAUCUGAUUGAAUGACCUUUGAAAGUUUAAUUAAAUCUUCCCUAAAAUGCCCUUCCGUUGCUACCCCCCCCCCCCCCAGCUCAGGAACAGAUUUGAUACCUUAUACAGAGCAUAUUAAUAUUCCCAUACCAUUAUGAUAUAAUAUACGUAAACCUAGUUGAAUGAUUUUGACCACACAUGUAUGGAGUGCCAAUUUUUCACCAAGUAUAGAUUACUUCAUUUUUGCAAUGGAAAAAGGUCUUCACAAAACUUGCUUCGUAAUGAAAUGGAGGAGAAAAGUGAAAUAUUAUCCUUAAAAAGAUCAAUGAAUGAUAACACAUGAUAAUAAAAAGCACUGGAUGAAAACGGUUGUAAGCGCUGUAUGUUAUCGCCCUGACUUUAUCACAGCUACCCUAAUCAGGUGCUUGAGCAUUCAAGGAUUUCCUUCCGACGAGGUCCCAAUUUACUACCCCUGGGUGGAGAGUGGCAAAGGUAGAUUUACACCUUUCCAAAGGACCUGAGUGCUGCGAUGGGAUUUGAACCCCAUACCUUGAGCUUCAGUCUGCAGAUUUAUCCACUGAUCCACAACUCAUCUUCCUUAAAUUAAUAAAAAAAAAUUCAUGAAUAUUCAAGAAGGAAGAUGAAACUUAGCAUUCCAUAGAAAUGUAGACAAAAAUAUUCCUGCCUCGGUCUGAACCCAAACUUGGAUUGGCUUAAUGAGAAUACUGCCCUUCAAAUUUAGCUGAGUUACACUGUAUGUUACGUUAUCUCCAAUGACAUAAAAAUGCGAGUCCUAUUUUCAAUUGGGUUUGUAAGAAGCCUUUGUGAUCAUAUGUGUGUAAGAAAUAAUGUACAAAUAUGGCUUCUUUACUCAUCACUGCCAAACGUAUGGAGGCGUUUAUGUUAAUUUAUUGAUUGUAUGUAAAUAUCAAAGAAUAUAUUGAGGUGUAAGUAGAUGACAGAGAUACACUCACAUUCAAAUUGUCAAGAUAUAUUUGAAUCAGUAAAGAGCUGUAGAACUGUCAUUAAAGUCAACCGAUUUAUGCAGCUCAGAGCACAUUGAAACAAAUUCUCAAUCAAUGGUAAACAAUUAUUUUGAGCUCUUGCCUUGGUGCGGCAAGGCAAAGUUCUCAAAUAGGAACAUACAUGAUCGGUGGUAAGCCAUUUUUUAUUCUAAUUCUAUUUGUUUUAUUGGAUUUUUGUAAGAAUUUAGUAUUUUCCAUGAAAAAAAACAUAAUCAAUGUCCACCAACAUAUACAUGUAUAUACUACACAGAUUGUGACUAACCACAUACUGUACAUCGUAGGUAUUCUUCAUUUGACAAAUCUAUUUUCUCAGUAAACACUCUUGACUUGCAGUAUUAUUACUAUGAUUUUUAAUGAACGUAAGGAAGAUAAGUAUAUACCUCAAGGGUCAAAAGGUCGAACUAGAUUUCAAUAGUAUAUUUUUGAUAGAAGAAAAAAGUGAAUUUAACUGCCAAGAAACGAAGUUAACAAAAAAUGCUGUAGUAUUCUGUAUUCAGGCAGUUUGAUUUGAUGUUGGGUUUUCUUAUUUGUUAAAUUAUCGUGGUGUAAAUAUUAUGAUUAUGUGCACUGAAAAUGUACUAUUACACAAAGAUUUCUUUUCUUGUUGAUAUUGUUUUCUUUGUCGGGUCUGCUAUUAAGAUUGUAUUCAAAAUUAGGCAUUCGUAAAAUGUAAAUAUAUGCUUUGGAUAUUAAUUAUUGAUAAAAUGAGAGAUACCGUUGGAGAGCCAUUAAGAAUAUUUUUCUGUAUUUUACAAAUUGUUGUUAGGUGUGAUCAUCACAGUUUUAUGUUAUUUGUUUUUCCCCUUUGAUUAUCCUCAUCUGUUCUUAUUUUUUCAUCUCUGUCCUUUCCCCCAACAUCUCUCUCUCUCUGUCUUUCUCUCUUUAACUGCUCUCCCCCCUCUCUCUCUCUCUCUCUCUCUCCUGCUCUUUUGCACCCCAGAACACAACAUUUGUUUAUUUAUUGCUGUUACUCCUUUCCUCCUCUUUCGGGGGGGGGGGGGGGGGGGGGCACUCAUCUACAUUGCUGUACAUGUACACAUGUGUGACUACAGGUCUUACAAACCCACCCUAAACAAGUUUUAUGAAUAGGUAAUCUUAUACCCGAUUUAAGUGUUUUUGCGUGCUUUUCGACAAUAUUGCCCCCAAUAUAAAAAAAAAACAAGUAUAACACAUAAAACAUAUGCUGUGUGUGUUUUACUCUAUAAACCUACCCUUUUCCCCUGAUUUUGGCAUCCUAAACGCAACACGGUUGAAAAAACUACCCUUUUUUGGGGGGGAGGGGGGUCGUACGUGUGUACAGCAAUAUAGUGGUGUCCCUCCCCCCAACAGUCAUGUCUUAUCAUCUGAAGUAUAAAUUAUCUAGGGGUGUUUUCAAUUAUAUUUUAUAUUUGGUAUAAUUGUAUAUUCCAUUGUAUUCAGAUGUGUUUAAAUCCACAAUCCAUCAAUUACACACCAAUUUGUUUUAUUGUCAAUAUUUGAAAAAGCAAAUGUAUUUUCCUGUGAUUUUAAAAAAAAAUCAAUUAUGUAAUCAAGUUAAUCAUGCAUGAAAACAGAGGUGUUUUACUGUCUUCAGCAAUUUUACAAAUUAUGGCAAGUGUGUUAUGUAUUACUUGUUUUCCAAUAAACUGAAUGUCAAAUUAAAAAUUUGAAGCUUUUUAUUAACUUGGCAAUAAGACUAUCCUAUCACCAAUCCAUAAAUGUAGCAAUGUUCUUGCUGGCAGCCGAAAUGGUAAUGUAGUUAUGUGCCAAAUUCUAAAUUUCCUAGAAAGCAGGUCACCAAGGUUAUAAGUAUUCACUAUAAGUACAAUAUAUUAUUAUUAAAAUCGGACCAGAUUCACUGAUUCUAGAGAAAAUUUGUAGGCCUUUUUAGAGAAAAGGUUGGUGAUAUAAUGUAGGUCAAGUUUGAAUGAUCGUUAUGUAUGAAUUUACAGUAUUCAUAACUUAAUAAACUAUUCAUAACUCAAUCAAUUAUCUUUUAAAUAAUCAGUAGGCCUGUGUAUAGCAGAGGCCGUUUUCAUUACGCUUUCCUGGAAACCGAUUCAGGAAACCAGUUUGGAAGAUCGCUUUGCUAGCGUUCCCACUUGAUCACACGAAAGUGGUUUUCUAAAUCACUUCACGUACAGCGCUCUUGUUGCUAUGGAAACGCACUCAGUGGGGUGACACGUUUCGCGCGAAAUUUGAAACCGUAGCAUAGGCAUUCUACACCUGUCGCAUGGAGUAGCGCGCUCAAAAUGUGUGAAGAUCGCUUCCCGAAGAAUGGUUGUGUCCUCACGCUAAAACCAGUUUAACGAGGCAAAGCGAUCUUGAAAACUACAUCGCGAGGUGGUUUUCCAAACUGGUUUGGCAGAUCGCUUCUAAGACUGCUUCGACCGUUCUCAUUACGCGUUAAACUAGUUUCCACUAAACUAGUUUCCAGUAAACUAGUUUUAGGAACGUGGUGAGAACAGCCUCACAUAUGCGUGUGAGUUCAUUGCCCUGUGUUACUAAAGAGUGUUUAAUCCAAUCAAUUUCACCUAUGGAAAGCCAAGUAUGCCAUUGUUGAAAAUACAUGCCUGUUCAAAUCUUGUCCUCUAAAUAUGGCAAAUUGUCAUGAAUUAUGAAGUGUCAUUUCAGUGUGAUCUUUUUGUGCACAAAAGGAGAAGUAACUGCUUAUAGACAAAGCCUUAUGGCAAUGCUGGCUUUACAUAGUUAAAAAUGAUUGGAUCAAUCUCACUAAUUUGUGAAAUCGGUCCUGUGUAUCUACAAUAUCUUUAUUUAUUUAUUUAGAACAUCAGGGCCAAUCACAAAAUGUUUAUAUCUUCUAAAGAAUUAAAUUUACUUCUUAAGAAUCCAGCUAUAGACCCCUCAGAAUUUAUCUGAAUACAUUUAGAUUGAUAUUUCAUUUAGAAUUCUCAGUGAUUUAUAUUUAAGGUGACUGUACUUUGUGGUGAAGCUAUACAUAUAUUUACUUUCGAAGCUACCUGGCCAGCUAUUUGAUUAUUCAUGUAAAUAAAUGUAUCAUAAUUAUAAUUAUCUAUAUUUGAUGUCUGUAUACAGUACAUGCAUAUCAUUUUGUAAUUUAAUGUGACUUUGCAUGAAAAUAAUGAUUUUCGUUUUGUUCACAACAUAUUGUUAUUCCUGAGUUGCACACCAGAAUUGUUAUUAUUUUCCUCUGAAAUAAAAAAAAGUUCAUAUCUUGAAUGUUGCACAUUUUGCUUAAAACCUCAUGUUUUUUUGUAUUCCUUAAAAUAAUACAAUACCACUUAAUUCUCUUGCCAUGCCAGCAGCUCAGAAUGAUUUGGUUGUUGACAAAGUGAUGGUUAAUUUGUGCUUAUUUUCCUUGUGUAUUUAUCACCUUCUGUAUUAAAUUAGCACUUCUGCAAAAUUUAGACCCUGAACUGAAA